AAGGUCAGCGCGGCGGUUUGUGUGUCUCUCAAACGGUCACAAUCGCGAUCAUGUCUCUCCUGAGAGGUGUGUUCAUCGUCUCGGCUAAGCGGACGCCGUUCGGGACGUAUGGAGGGGUCCUGAAAGACCACAGCGCUACGGAUCUGGCUGAACACGCCGCUAAAGCUGCUCUCGUCGCGGGGAACGUGGCUCCUGAGCUGGUCAACAGUGUCAUCGUGGGAAACGUCAUGCAGGACUGUUACGGUGAGGCUGGACAUUACAACGCUGAGAUCGCACCCAUUGAUGUGAAGGCCAAGAAAGGGAAAGUGUCCAUGACAUCUGACGAACACCCCCGUCCUCAGACCACACUGGAGCAGAUGGCAAAGCUGCCAUCCGUCUUCAAGAAAGGAGGCACUGUUACGGCAGCCAAUGCUUCGGGCGUGUCUGAUGGGGCUGCUGCUGUGGUCUUAGCCAGUGAGGACGCGCUGAAGGCUCACAAACUCACCCCAUUGGCUAGAAUCGUGGCCUAUCACACCUCAGGCUGUGAUCCCAGCAUCAUGGGCAUUGGUCCUGUACCUGCCAUCACAGAAGCUCUGAAGAAGGCUGGCCUUUCACUCGAAGACAUGGACCUGGUGGAGGUCAAUGAAGCGUUUGCUUCUCAGUAUCUGGCCGUGGCUAAAGCUUUGGGCUUGGACCCUGCGAAGACCAAUGUUAAUGGAGGGGCCAUCGCCAUUGGACACCCUCUCGGGGCCUCUGGGACGAGAAUCACUGCACACCUCGUUCAUGAGCUCAGGAGACGCGGUGGAAAGUACGCAGUCGGCUCUGCCUGCAUCGGUGGAGGUCAGGGCAUCGCCAUCGUCCUGGAAAACACAAACUGAGAAGAACACACACACACAUGUUGAGGAGACUCACUGUGAACAAAUCAAGUCAAAUUCACCUAAUUCACACCGUCCCAAAGUCUGGAACAAAAGUGUCCGUCCACAAAUGUAGAGUAAAAACAUGAUGAUUGUUCUUAUAAAAUGACUCCAGAAUCAUACGAUCAUACAGUGGCUUCCACACAUUAUGGCGUGACGGAGCUGUUUCUGAGCAGAAGCUUCUGUCUGUUUAGAUGUUCGGUUACGGGACAGUGACGCUGUAACGUGCCUUACUUUUGUCUCCGUGCCUGAUCUAAGAUCAGAUGUUUUCCAGAAAUGCAAUAUAUUUACCUUGUUGUGAUUCAACUCCAUGCAACUAAAACUCUUGUUUGUGGAUUUA